AUGGGCCAGACACUCUCUGAGCCCGUUGUCGAGAAGACAUCAGCAACUGGCGGAGAUGAACGGCUCCUCUACGGCCUGUCGGCCAUGCAGGGCUGGCGCAUAAGCAUGGAGGAUGCGCACACGGCGGUACUCAACCUGCUCGAGGAUAAUCCCAAGGCUGCCAAAGAACAUCCGUCCAAACUCUCCUUCUUCGGUGUCUUCGACGGCCACGGCGGCAGCAAUGUCGCGCUCUUCGCUGGCGACAAUAUCCACCGCAUCGUUGCAAAACAAGACACAUUCAAAGCAGGCAACUACGAGCAGGCCCUGAAGGACGGCUUUCUUGCGACAGACCGAGCCAUUCUGAACGAUCCAAAGUAUGAAGAGGAAGUCUCAGGCUGCACAGCUUGUGUGGGCCUAAUUACCGACGACAAGAUUUAUAUUGCAAACGCCGGCGACUCUAGAGGCGUACUUGGAGUCAAGGGCCGGGCGAAACCAUUGUCAUUUGACCACAAGCCGCAAAAUGAAGGCGAAAAGGCGAGAAUCACGGCCGCAGGCGGCUUCGUGGACUUUGGCCGUGUGAACGGAAACCUGGCCUUGUCGAGAGCGAUCGGAGAUUUUGAGUUCAAGAAGAGUGCCGAGCUGGCACCCGAGCAACAAAUUGUCACAGCAUAUCCCGAUGUCGUGGUCCAUGAGAUGGGUGACGACGACGAGUUCCUCGUUAUUGCAUGCGACGGUAUCUGGGACUGCCAAUCCUCUCAAGCCGUGAUCGAGUUUGUCAGGCGUGGGAUCGCUGCAAAGCAAGAAUUGGACAAGAUCUGCGAGAACAUGAUGGACAACUGUCUGGCAUCCAAUUCAGAGACGGGCGGCGUGGGUUGUGAUAACAUGACCAUGGUCAUCAUUGGCUUCCUUAGGGGUCGUACCAAGGAGGAGUGGUAUGAGGAGAUAGCCAGACGGGUUGCCAAUGGAGAUGGCCCUUGUGCUCCUCCCGAAUAUGCCGAGUUCCGAGGGCCCGGUGUGCACCACAAUUUCGAUGACAGCGACAGCGGUUAUGACCUCGAGGACCAGAACAAGCAGUCCAAGAACUUCGGCAUCGGCGGUUACAGGGGGCGCAUCAUUUUUCUCGGCGACGGCACCGAGGUGUUAACUGACUCGGACGACACAGAGAUGUUUGACAACUCAGAGGAGGACAAAGAUCUUGCAAUUCAGGUCUCAAAGGGUUCAUCGUCAUCGUCCACAUCGCAGGAGGCCAACUCGGCGGAGGCUACUGGGGGUGAGAAGGCCGCCGCCCCCGCCGUGGAUACCGGCUCGUCGACGUCACAGCAGCAUGCGCAGGCGGAAACAACGGUGACUGGGGGCAACAAGGCGGAUGACGAAAAGAACGGCGAAGAGGCAGAGGCGAAGAAGGGUGCAUGA